AUGGUUUCCAGGUGUGGGUAUCCUAGUCCGAGGUUUACCAAUUUACCUGAUCAUUUCAUGAAGGUACUUUCUAAAGAUGACGAUAUUUCGGAGGAGGAUUACAACAAUAAAAUCAAAAAUCUUGUGGAGUCGUAUGAAACAUCGGAGGAGGAGAAGAUUGUUCAUCGUGUGACGCACGCGUUUGUUGUGACCUCAUCAGAAAUGAGAGGCAAGCUUAAUAUUGGAGACGGAGCAAGAUACUCUGCAUCGUGGAUUGCUCAGCUGUGGUGGCUAUUCAUAAGGUCUUCUAAAAUCAUGGCGAGAGAUUGGCAGGGAUUUUUCACACGUCUUAUAAAGACUAUUGUAAGUCACUUACCCACAUAUCAUACGUGA